AGUUCCCACUCCCCCAAAACCUGAGGAGGCUCGGCUGCCAAAGGCAAUAUUUUUUUCGUCUGCACUCUGCUUUGCUCUUGCUGUUAUACAUUUUGUUGUUUUAGAGAAAGUUUGACAUUUGGUCAAGUUUGGACAUUGCCGUUCAAAUUUUGCCCAGAGUCAAUAAGGUUUCACAUUUGGCUGGAUAGUAAAAAAUAUAACCUUGUUGUUACGGCAAGAAAUGGAAAAGUUAACAUUGAUUUCCGGGGCAUUAUUUCUUACAGCCGAUAUAUUUGCCAUUGUUGCACUUGCCCUACCAUUUUGGAUUGUAACAGACGUAGGAGGAGAAACUUCUUUGGGUUUAAUGUGGACCUGCACUACUUUAUACAAUCGUCCAAAAGUAUGUUUCUCCCCUGAUCUUCCACCAGAAUGGAUGAUGGCACUUGUUUGUAUCUUCAUCGGCUGUGUUUGCAUAACUACAACCGUUGUUCUUCUGAUCUCAAGUCAUUGGGAUUACAAUGUUGUACCCUAUGCAAGAUGGGUGGGAUUUGCAGCAAUGGUUUUAUUCUGCCUAGCUGCUGUCAUCUUUCCUCUGGGAUUUUCCAUGUCUGAAAUUGGAGGAGAGCCAUACCAAUUACCAAAUAGUUUUCAAGUUGGACUUUCAUACAUUUUUUUUGUUCUAGCAUUGUGGAUCACUGUCAUUUCUGAAUUGUUUGCUGGUAAGGUCUGUUUGCCUCAUUUUUAAAAACUCCUGAAGUCUUGUCUGAUUCUUCCUGAGAGCGAUGAACCUAAACUAUUGUAAAACUCUAUUGUAAAACCCAUCGCACAACACAUUGUAUUUGCGUCAUCUUCGGGGUGGUAUGUUUGACUAAUGGAUCUCAUUACAAAUUUUAUUUUUUUUUGUA